GAAGCGUUUGGGCUGAAAAGAUGAUAGUCACCGCGCGUAACCUGAUCGCAGAAUGCGACAGCUGAGAAGUCUCGCGAGAGCAGUAAAUCAUUACGCAAUUAUCCAGCUGUCGAAUCGAAAUUCAUUCGCUGCUUCUUCAAUGUCUACGUUUCUGUGUAGGUCGCAAGCGGCAGCGAAAUUCCGCAUACGCUGCUUCUAUACCGUAUGCCACGUUGGUGUAUUACGAUACAUCGUCUCCGAAUGGUCCUCGGGAGCAGCGUACGCCUGAGAUGCAAUUUACCGUGCAUGUACGAGAAUAUAUAUCUAGACUAGAUCAGCUGUGUACGCGAUAGUCAUGGCAAUGCCAAUGGCCUUUCCGAUGGAAGAUUUCUCCGAUAUUAGUAUUGAAGAGUUAGAGGACUGGAAUGAUCUUGUACUGAAUCCGCAUGAUGAUGAGAUUGGCAUACAUACAGUGGAUGAUUCCGCUAAUAAUUCGAGUGAACUUAAACGGAGUGCGUCAUCAGCCACAGCUUCUGAAAGUGGAGGUGCUUCAAAUGACCGUCCAACAAAGAAGAACAAGGCAACAUCCAAGGGCAAGGCAACAUCCAAGGGCAAGGAUCAUCCACCAAAAAAAACAAAAGCAUAUUUUGUCAUGACAGAUGAGGUUCGUUGUGAACUACAGGGUGCGUCGAAGGAAACUGUGGCAGAGAUUUUAGAUACCGUGUCAAGUGCAGAACAAUUUUCAGGCGAGCAUGGCUAUGGUUCAGAUGUGCGGAAUUUAGCAUGCCAAAUGAUAGCCAGGAAAGGAGAUGCAUCUUUUGCAGUACUCUGUGCCCACACAAUAAACAAUAUUUUAGAUAUGGUUCAGGAUUUGAACAAGACUCCCAUUGGCUCAGGUUUACAGGAUGAGACUUUCAAACGGUUCCAUUCAUUGAGGACAUGUAAGGAGCAGAAAGUGGAAUGGAACACAUUUCUCCAAGAUAACAAUCUAGAUUCUUCCAAAGCAAUUGUCGGUACUUUGUUAUACCAAUUUGUCCUUGAGACGGCACUAGAUAAGGUAGUAUUAGAGGUAGGGAAACGGCAGGACUCAUCCUGUGAAGACACGGAACGUAAGAAGAGCCAAGACGAUGGUGAUCGGGAAGCGCAGAUCCUUAGAUAUAUUUCUGGGUUUAUACCGUACGCCCUAGGAAAGCGGUAUCAAAGAUCCAAGCAGACACUUGCCAAGGAGUAUGUGGCGAUACUACAAUCCUGGAGAUCAACCAAUGACAAACAGACAAUGGCCCCAUCAUUUUUGUCAUACACAGUGGCAUGGGUGGAGAUGCAAAACAGAGGAGGGCUUUUUACAGUCACUGAUGAUGUUUUUAGAUUUUUUUGGGCUUUGGAAAGGAUAUCCAAGGGUUAUCUUAAUCAAAAUAUGUGUUCGUUAAAAAAUAAGAAUCUCAAAGAAAAUCUAACUGCCAAAUGCCGCAAUAAUGAAAAUGUCUUAAAAAUAUGGAAAUCCUUGGUUCAAUCUUGCUCUGUAAAAAUUGAUGUUGAACCCCUUUUUAUAUCAGUUGUUAAUUACUGGGUUAAAAUCCGAAUAUUUGCCUUUGUAAAAGCAUACAAUUUACUUCGUAAAGAUACCAAAAAAACAUCUCUUAAAGGGGAGAAGAGUCUACGUAAAGAACUUCUGAAGAAAUAAGUAAUAACCGCUAGUAGAACCGCCGCUACACUGCCUGUGAUGUUGUAUUAGGUCUUCAUUUGUCAGAACAGUUAUCUUUAAAGUUGUCAGAGCCCGUUGUUAGAUUCUCAGAUGAAAUUCGAAUCCACCUGUAUGAAUGUAAUAUUUCUAGGAGACACAUUUUCUUUUGGUGUACGUUGUGCACAUACAGUUUUGUUAUAGUGGUUAUAGUUAUUAACAUGCAAAUGUGAUUUGUAAGCUGAACCUUUACUUUAUUUUCUUACAUCGUAUGUGAAAUGUGCGUUAUAAACUGUUGUGAAUUAUUUUUCUUAGUUACAUGCGCGUCAUAAAAUAUGAUAUUCUUUUAAAUAGUAUGCUUACAUUUUAGUGAGUAUAAGUGUUCUAAUGAUGUGUACUUUAUGACUUGCUAUUAUGUUGAAGUCUAUCAGGUGUAGGGAAAAGGAAAUGUUUUUUUUUAACUGAAUUUUUAAAAAUUAUUUUCUUUU